AUGGAUUCUUUGCUUGCGCAUGUGCAAAGCCAGACUGGCUAUGCGGCGGCCUUCGCGGUGGGCGUUUUGCUGCACGUUGGCGUCUUCACCCGCGGAGAAUGGGAUCUCUACACGACCAAACUUUUAGGAACUUCCAUUAUCCUUAAUGCUUCCCUCGCCGGUGUUCUUUUCUACUCUGGCGCUGAGGAGUUUGGCACUCGCUGGGAGGCAUUCAAAGCGGCUUCGCUUUUGUCUUCGGCCGUCUGGGCGGGCCUCUACUCGAGUAUCCUGGUCUAUCGAGGCGCCUUUCAUCGACUCAAUCGCUUCCCCGGUCCUUUUUGGGCCAGGAUUUCUAAUUUCUACGUUACAUCUCUGUCUGUCAAGAAAUUCCAACUCUACGAGGAAGUGCAGCAGUUGCACGAAAAAUACGGCGACAUCGUUCGCCUCGGCCCUUCCGAACUAUCCAUUUCUGACCCAAAAGCCUUUCCUCUCAUCCAUUCUAACACUUCACCAUGCACAAAGGGUCCUUGGUACAAUAUCCUGUACCCUGUGCUCUCCCUGCACAUGAUGCGCGAUAACAAGGCGCAUGCCGUACGCAGAAAGACCUGGGACAAGGCUUUCAGCACAAAGGAUUACGAGCCCCGAGUCGCAAAGUACACGAACCUGCUCCUCGAAAAGCUGGAAGAGGUGCAAGGGCUGCCUUUCGAUGCGUCGACAAUGUUCAACUUUUACAGCUUCGACGUCAUGGGCGAUCUCGCUUUCGGCAAGAGUUUUGACAUGGUCAAGAACGGGGUGGUGCACUACUUUAUGAAGUCGGUUCACACCAACAUGUUGGCCGUCAGCGCCUUUAGCCACUUGGUCUGGAUCUUCCCGCUGUUCAAGGAGAUUCCAGGUCUCAACUACGAGCACUUGAAGUUCCAGAGUUGGCUCUCGUCGCAAAACAAACCCGAUGAUCCAGAUGUCUUUUCGUGGAUUCUAUCCGAUUAUAAUGCGAUUGAGAAGCCGGUUAAGCAAGACACGGUCGACCUCCACGGAGACGCUCACUUGAUCGUCGUGGCUGGAAGUGAUACUACUGCUGCAUCCCUGACGUGCCUCUUCUUCGAGCUCGCCACCAACCCAGAGGCCUGCCGUCGACUACAGGAAGAGAUUGACCAAUACUAUACGGAACGAAACGAGCCGGAUCAUCUUGCCCUCUCAAAACUAAAAUAUCUACAAGCCUGCAUCGACGAGUCCCUCCGACUUCACCCGCCCGUUCCUUCCGGACUCCAGAGGAUGACGCCUCCCCAGGGCCUACAGGUUGGAGAUGUCUUCAUUCCCGGGGAUACGAUUGUGCAAAUUCCGGCGCAUACCCUAUACCGAGACAAGAGACUAUUUGACCAUCCUAACGAAUUCAUUCCCGAGAGAUGGACAAGUCAACCGGAACUGACCAAGGACGCGUCUGUUUUCCAUCCCUUUUCCAUGGGUAUCCUAGGCCGCUAUUCGUGUGUCGGCAAGCAAUUGGGCCUAAUGGAGCUUCGUUACGUAACGAGUCAAGUGCUGCGACGAUACGACGUGAAGCUGUCGCCGGGGUGCACCCCUGAGCAGUUCUUGGGAGGGUUGAAGGAUGGAUUUACGCUGGCGUCGCCGGGGUUGAAUUUGGUGUUGACGAGGCGGAAGACGGGAUAG